CGGACAAUCAAAACACUGUCUUCGGAGAGGUCUUUGUGCUUGCUUUGCUCAGCGCUUGCUGCCAACGCUUGACUUCGGCCGGACGGAGUUCUCGAGAGACCUAGCAACGCGCUUGAUUGACAGGCGAGAGCUGUUCUGCAUGCGUCGUGCUCUCUUUCGCAUCGACGGGACUAAUUCGGCUCUCCUUUCGCUUUGCAGCAGGUACUCUCGCAGCCAGAAGAGAUGGGCAACCCUUUUAUAAUCUACAGCGAUGAAGACACCAAGAGCGCUGCUUUGGAGGACUGCCGCUAUACUAAUCAGCAACGCGGGCCACAGCACCCUGCUAGGGGCUUACACAGAAAUCCUUACAGGAACCUGAGUAACCUCGUUCGUGAGAGGGCACAGCAGGGUCCCUGGCUGCCGGUAGCUCAAUUACCUGGACCGCCAGAACUGGCAAGUGCUUCUGAUCUUGAUCGCUCUGACGCGGACAGCAUGCCCGAACUGGUCACUUCUCAAGAGUGGGAUCACUACACCGGCAUGUCUGACAGCGACGACGACGGCGGCCACAUCAUUGAUGAGUACGGCUUAGAGGAGGCAACAGCGCUGCUGCCAUCUCGAGACUGGCUCCUCGGCGUGGAGCGGCCCACGCCCUAUGACGAGAUGCCGCAUCUGGUGAGGGAUGAGGAGAUGACGUCGAGCGUGCUUGCCGAGUGGGCGUCCCAGAGGCGGCCGCG